AUGCUCCCAAAUAGUGACACCACUCCAUUCCUGACCUUGUGGGCUUUUGACUACAAUGAAACUUGCAAUGUAACUUGGUGGGCACCUUCAUACACAUUGAAAGUAGUGAUGUGGAAAGUUUCAGCUCAAUCAGAUGACUUUGUAGAACAACUUGGUAUGAGCAAGUCUACAGUGAAUCACAACAGCAAAAGCACCUCUGCUGAUGUUCCAAAGUCAAAGGGGGGCCAGCUGAGAAAACUUCAGCCUCAUCAUGUUCACUUCCUGGAUCACUAUUUCAAGCUCAAUUCAACCUCCACAGUCAGGAAAGCAUGUCAUGCACUGCAGGAGAUGUUUCAAAUCAAAGCAUGCCCAAUGACAGUAAGAAAAGCACUUCAUUACUGUUGUUACAAAGCACAAAGGUUAGUGAAAAAACCGAAGCUACUCAAGAGACAUUGCAAAGCCCAUUUCAAAUUUGCUAAUGAGCACAAGGACAUGACUGUUGAGGAUUGGAAGAAUGUGGUAUGGUCUGAUGAGAUGAAGAUCAACUUCUUUGGACUGGAUGGUAAGCAGUUCUGUUGGAUUAAGAAUGCCAGCUUCAACAGUAAGCUUGUCAGGCCAACUGUCAAGUUCAGCAGUGGCUCCAUCAUGAUCUGGGGCUGUAUGACAUGGGAAGGGGUCAGAGGUAUGCACUUGGUGCUGGGUUCAAUGAAUUCAGACCAAUACAUUGAUAUCUUGAAUGACAAGCUUUUAAAAACAAUCUCAGAUUUGUGGCUUCAGCAUGCAUACCCCAACAUCAUGUUUCAGCAAGACAAUGGCCUGAAACACAUGUUGAAGAAGACAAUAACAUGGUUGGAAAGUAAUAGCAUUAAGGUUAUGCAAUGGCCAGUGCAGUCACCAGACUUGAACCCAAUUGAACACCUCUGGCACCAUCUCAAAAUGCAACUUUCACAGUAUAGUAUGAUUACAAAGUCCAGGGAUGAACUGCUCAAGAGAUGUGAAGCUGAAUGGAAAGUGAUCACUCCAGAGACAUGUGUCAGCGGUUGCAUGCCUGAAACCUGA